CCUCUGAUCAGAGCAGUGAGCUGUGAAAUCUGAGUCCAGUCCAACUCCAGGUUCAAUCAUCCUGUGUCAACCAGGUUAACCUUAAUCUGUCAGCCACAGUAACCAGGUUACCUGCUGGUUAGUGCAGUUUUUAUCUGAUGUCUUUUUGUCUCCAGGUCUUCUCCUCCUGUUUGGGAUGUUACUCACCUCGUCCCAAAUCUCAGUCAUGGUGUCUUCAUCUGAUGAAAACUACCAACCUGCCAUUUAAAAUGACUUCUACAAGAAAACCUGUGACAGCUGCAUCUCUGUUGAUACUUAUGAUCAAAGUCUUCAGUGGAAAUACGCUGAGGUGUCAUCCAGCAGAGUAUCAGAUAGAGGACGAAUGCUGUCCCAUGUGUCUUGCUGGAAGUCGUGUUAAAACAGAUUGUACAGAGUUCAGAAGUACUUCCUGUUUGCCCUGCAUGGAUGGAUCCUUCAUGAAUAAACCUACUGGACUUAAACACUGUUUUACCUGCACCAGCUGUGAUGCAGGUUCUGGUCUGAAGAUAAAGACUUCAUGCACAGCAACCUCAGAUACACUUUGUGAACCACUGGAAGGAUUCUACUGUAUAGACUUCACAGAGAACCACUGUGUGGCAGCACAGAAACACAGCAGCUGUCAACCAGGACAAUACAUCAGGGAGAAAGGAACAGCCCUCAGAGACACUGUGUGCUCUGACUGCAGUGGGGGGACAUUUUCAGAUGGGACAUUUCCAUCUUGUCAGCCACACACACAAUGUCAAUCACAAAACCUUCAGCUGAUAAGAGCAGGAACUGCUUCAACUGAUGCUGAAUGUGGACCACACAGUUCAUAUGGGACAGUGAUUGGGGCCAGUGUUGGAGUUAUAGUGCUUAUUUUAUUCAUUUGCAUAAUUUCCUUUGUAGCCUGGAAGAAAACACGCAGAGGAAACAGAGGAAAUGGAAGCAGACAGACAGAGAGAAACUCAGCUGGAGCAGAAAUAUCACUGACAGGUGGAGCAUGAACAGCAGCAGCAGGUGAGACAGCAGUGUUUUCUUCCUUGAAAUCUUCAUUGACUGAGGACUGUCUGACUGAGCUGACAUCUUUACACAUGUACCAGAGCUUUCUGCUUUAAGUAAACGUAUUUCUGUCCUCAGCAGGAGACGACCUGGACAUCAGCAGAUAAACACUGUCUGUUCACUGCAGAGUUAAUGA